AUGCUAGAGAUCGUGACAAAAGCUUUGGCGAAAGUAGGAAUUAAAACAAAGACUACGCCCGUCGGUCCUUCUAUUAAUUUCCAAAUACCAUCCCACGAAAAGUCGUUCAAGUAUAUCGACAUCGAUUUGGUCUUAUACAUCAAGCAGAAUGAUUGGCCAAAGAGUGCUGAUCCAAAAAUAGACCCCACAUUGAAGGCAGUGGGUGUUGGACUUGUCGCAAAAGUACUCGAACCACCUCAAGACAGCAGACUUUGGCAAAUUUCAUUCUCCGCUGCGGAAAUAAAGCUUUUCCAAGGCAUCGACGCAGAUGGAGGAUCCCGAAAGAAGUUGUUGAAAAUCGCGAAGUACUUGAAGAUAGCUAGCAAGUGGCCUGAAAACAUCGCCUCGUAUCACUUGAAAACCGAGAUAAUGAAGAUGAACCGCGACCAUCCAAACAAAGAUGAUUGGACCGACUCCAAACUCGUUCCUCGCUUUAACGAAUUGAUCUUAAAUUUCCUUAAAUCACUUGAAGCAGGCAAACUAACAAGUUUUUUCAUUCCUAGCUUUAAUCUGUUUCAAGGUAAAGAUCUUGGUACGGCCAUCAAAAGAGUGAAGAAUUUGAUCAGUGCAAUCGAGACCAAGCCUGAUUCAUGUUUACCACCAGCGAAAGCGCCCUGUGCUCCUUCUGAUGCUCCGUCCAAGAAGAUACCUUUCGUUGUAACUAACAAGAUACCUACCACUGAAAAUAAGAAGAAGUUACCUUCCAUUGGAAAAAACAAGCCACUGAUAAAAAAAUUAAGAUUACAUCGUUAA